UAUCCAAUGCGCUUUCGUGCAAGUCCUCCAUGGAAUCAAACAAAGUUAAUGGAGGGUCCAUAAUCUUUGUACAUGGAAGUCCUCCAUUCUGGAGAAACACGCUUUCCGCUUAGGGUGGUCUUGGUUUCCUUUAUAUAUCAGCAAAAUACAUCACUCUCAAGGCAUAACAGUUCCCAUCUUGAACAGAAGCACAAGGACAAAACACACACACAAAAACACAUAUUAUUACAGAUAUUUUUUUACUUGAGAAAAUGAAGGUAAAAAGUUGUUGAUUGAUGUCGAUUUAGCGUUUUCCACGAUUUUGUUAUGGACUUGGUAAUAAUCAAUGAAACCAUCAUUGCAGCAAAAGAUUGUGAUCAAGCUCGGAAAUGGCGACAAUCAAUACUCCAGUAAAGCUAUGAAGAUUGCAGCUGGUGUAUCUGGCGUGGAAUCUAUGACAUUGCUUGGGGAAAACAAGGAUCGGAUAAUGGUCAUAGGUGCUAGCAUAGAUGCAGUUAGCUUGACAAAGUGUAUGAGGAAAAAACUGGGAUCAGCUGAACUCAUAAGCUUGGUUCCCAUAGGAGACAAUGAAAAAGAGGAAGAGAAGAUAGAAGCCAUAAUCCAGUACCCGAAAAGGCCAACUUAUCAAUAUCCUUUGUGGCACUACUACUGAUGUGAUCUCUAUCUAUUGGGAGAA